AUGAAAACAGUUUCAUGGGCUCUGAGCAGCCUGGCUCUCCUUCUUCCGCUUUCCUUUGCUCUCCAGGUUACACCCAACUCCGAAUGCGCAGCCCUCUGUUCCGACGGCACAAAUUCGACUCUCGAUGAUGCUAGCACUACCGCUACGAACUCUUCUGAUAUCGUUUGUGGAGAUGAGGAGUACUCAGACUCAGGGAAUGGCAUCAGGUUCAAGAAUUGCCUCAACUGUCUUCAAAAAAGCGAAGCGAUAUGGAAAGAAGAGAGCGAUGUGUUUUGGUUCCUGUACAAUGUCAGAUACGCUUUCGACGUCUGUCUAUACUCUUAUCCUAAUGCGGUGGACUCGGGUACCGUCAACUCUCCUUGCAAUAUCGAAAGCUCUUGCGGAUCUCUCGAGAAUGCUUUGACAACGUCUUUGCCCCAGAAAAGUAUCGAUGAGAAAUUCGCGUAUUGCGAAGCAGAUGAUUCAAUAAUCAAGAGCGCCAGCUACAAGGAAUGCAUUAGCUGUCUGCAAUCUACAUCGGACCAAAAGUACCUCGCGAACUUCCUGGUAGCAUUGAACGCUGGCUGCAUUCAGAAACCCGAGAAAGGAAAAAUUAUUGGCCUUAGUGGGACGAUAUUCACUUCUUCACUUAUUAACAUAACUGACCCAAACACCAAUGAAACACUACCGGGUGAUGGUGGCGCUCCCGUCGGUUCAAUGACUACGGGCACUAUCGUGGGUAUUGCCGUAGGAUGUGGGCUGGGUGUAGCUGGCUUGGCUUGGCUCCUUUUCAUGUACUGCCGACGAAGUCGACAGCGUUAUGGAGCAGGAAUCAAAAUUGAGUCACCACCCCCAGAUGCCCCAAUGAACGUCCGCUCUACAUACGGCAUCCAGAAGUCAUCGUACUUUCAAGAUGACACCCAUGGGCGACGUCCACCACCUAUCCAUGACCCUUCGCGAAGCCACAUGCGUACUAUGUCCAACGCACAGUACCACGACUCCGUUGAACGAGACACGAUGGACUCUCAUCUACACCUCAGCUACCACUAUGCGCCGCACUCGAAGUCUAAUGGCCCAAAUGCAGCGCUUCCAACACAUCCGGCAUAUAUUCCACGAGUUGUGAGCAAGCUCCCGGAGCCUCAUAUUAUCACCCACAACCGCAAGACACACGCCCCUGAUUCAUAUGCACUCCAAACAUAUCUUAAUGCUAGAGAUGAUUUUGGCAUACACCAUGGUUCUGCAACCAAUGCUUCAUCGAGCAAUACUAUCUCGAGCCGGAACCCAUCACCUUCUCGACAGGAGAAGCUUCAGGAGCCAGUAGUUUCUAUUGCUCCCCAGCAGAAUCCUCAGACAGCCAGGCCAAGGCUCCCCUCUCUCUCAUUUCCCUCUCUGCAUAGACUCAUCAUUCCAAAAAAGCAGGUGGUUCCCCCCCCGGAAGUCAACCUGCUAUCAGCGACGCCGAUUUCGGCAUUGAGUGCCGACCCUCAUCGAGAGUUAAGAAUCUCCAAACCUUUAGCUGUUCUAGAUCCUCGAUUCCAGGACAAACCCCUGGGCGGAGGCCCAGUCAUGGCGGAGGGUGCACCAGCAACAUUCAGCGAUGAAUAUUUGAAAAGGCGAGAGGCAAACAAGUCUCCUAUGCUAAGUGGCAAUAGUCGCGUCUAUGGAUGA